AUGGAGAAGGCCGCUCAAAAAAGCAGAAAUGGUGAUGUUCUGAUUAGUGUUGGCUAUGCCAAUGUGUUAGGAUAUACUCUUCGAGAAUUUCUAAAGCUUUUGCAACAUAUCACCAUAGGAACAGUACUACAAAUCAAGGUUUAUCGAGAUUUUAUUGACAUACCCCAAGAAUGGGAGGAAAUACAUGAUUUAAUCCCUGAGACCAAAUUCCCAGUACCAUGCACACCAAAGAAAACUGAACAGGCAAAAGACGAAUCUUUUACAAGCAGCGAUGACAAUGAAGAUGUAGUCAUAGAUAACAAAUUUAGAUAUUACAGAUAUCCAUGGUCAGUUGGUCAUUAUCCUGCAAGGAGACCAGUAUCUAUCUCCAGAGAAUGGCAUGGAUAUAAAAAGAAGAGCCAUACUAUCAGUGUGGGAAAAGAUAUUAACUCUGAUGUGGUGAUUCACAAAGACCACCAGAGAGAAGUGAGAGCCCCUUCUCCAUAUUGGACAAUGGUGAAGACAGACAAUGAAAGCUCUUCCUCAGCCUCCUCUACCUCAGACGCCUUUUGGAUGGAGGACUAUGCCCAAGCUGAGAAGGGCAAAGGUCAACCAAUAUCCAAGGAUGAUUAGGCAGCAGUUUGUGAUCUGUGGUCAUUAGAGGAUUUACCUGAAAACACCCAAUGUUUGUGCCUCACCAUGUGUGCAUGUCUGAAGGAAUAUUUAUAGGAAAAUGUGUAACUUGUGCAUUGUCUCUCAUGACUGCAUUGAAAAGCUUUUAGAGACCUUCUUCAACAUGAUAGCUAAAGACUGCCCUGGCCUCACAAAAUUUGUUUUCAAAAGAAAGCGUAAUUAAGACCCUCCUGAGAAUUCAUUAUCAUUUAGAAAAUACAGAGGAACCUAGUAACAGAAUGUCUGAACAUAGUAGAGAACUUCACUUUUUUAAGGUAAAUACAUUUUCUUUAAAUAUUCUUUAGAUAUUCUUUGGCUAACUGUUCACAUUAGAAAUCUCUCCCCCUCUUCCUUUUAACCCUACUUGAAUGUUGGGCUAAUAGCUAAUUAUCUGGAAGAGACUGGAUUGAAAGAGGUUAGGGAGAAGGAGAAAAAAGUGGCCCAGUGACAAAUAAAAUUAAUAGGUAUACAGGAUUUGAUUCAUAGGGAAUUUCUGUUUUUCAGAAAUAGUUUUAUUGUACCCAAGUGGUGGUGGCACACCUAUAAUAAUCCUGGCUACUCAGGAGGCAGACAUCAGGAGGAUCACAGUUGGAAGCCAGCCUGGGCAAAUA